AACUUCCUCGGUCAGUGGCACGCUGUUUCGGAUCGCUUUUGAAGCGACAGGCACGCACACAAACCCACGCAUACACCCACAUUCUCACUCACUUCCACACUUUUUCGCUGUUUCCUUUGCUUUCACCCGCGGAGAUUGACAGCACACUGAGCCGCUGUCAUGACGCGCAGCUCACCGGUUACCGCUCACGGUACAUUCAUUAGAUACGUUCUGCCACGCACACCAGGAAUGAACUGAAAAGACAGAGCUGGCACCAACAGAGAGACAUCUCUCCUGCCGAACUGGAUGCUCUAUGGAGGGAACCGCCAUAUACUCUCGGUGGAGCUAAUGAACACUUCCCAGGAAAUGACAUCAUGACUCAAGGUGCUGGUGAAGAGGAGGAUGUUGCAAUAGUAAUAUCAGGUGAAGGUACGGUGGAGCCUGACAGUUACUGGAAGAAGAGGAAGGAGGCCUUCCUUAGAGGAAGUACCGUGUCACUGGGAGACAAAUUCUCUUCAGAAAUCGUGCUACUGUUCACCGGACGACGGCGUUCCAGUGCAGAUUCUGACCGGACCCUCCAGGAGGCGCUACGCACACGACUCCGAGUGGUGGAGAGCAACAGCCAGGACGUCAUACAGCUCUUCAAAGACUUGUCUGCACGUCUGGUCUCUGUCCACGCUGAGAAGGAUAGCUUUGUACUCACAUUCAAAACUGUAGAGGAAAUCUGGAAGUUUUCAACAUACCUUGCACUAGGCUAUGUGGCUCGUUGCUUGGAAAACUUCCUCUGCGAUCCGUCAUUCUGGUUGGACCCAGAGCUGCUCAAUGACUUGCAGAUCAGUGUGACAGUGGAUGAGGAACAUCUGGCCACACUGUACCUUGGACUUUUACUCCAGGAAGGAUCCUGCUUUGCUAAGGCGCUGUUCACCAGAGCCGACAAUGACGAGGAUGAGGAGCAGCUGUCGUUCCAAAAGAAUGACCUCUUGGUGGUGAGGGACACGGGGCAGGACGACAUGUGGGAGGGCACCUUGCUCACCACAGGAAACCACGGCAUGGUGCCAGUCACUGCCAUGCAACCCCUGCCCUACCCGUUCUAUCAGUGGUUCCUGAAGAAGUACCCAGUCUAUGCUGGAUGCUCACAAACAGAAAGGGAACCAUUUGAGCAUCCUAUCGUGACUGGCUCCUGUGUGGCAGUAGCUGACUACAGCCCAGUGGGACCAGAUGAGCUCCCGCUCAGCCAAGGUGACGUUGUGGAGAUCCAGGGUCUGUUGCUCCGAAGCCUGGGUGUUUUCAUAGGACGACACACUUCAACUGGAUGCCGCGGCUUUGUUCAAAUAGCUCACGUCAAGCCUCUCAAUACUGCACCCUUAGAUGGACAAUUGGUCUUUCUAACCGAAGAGGAGAAAGCCAGCCUUGCUCAGGUUAACCCUUGCAGUUCUGAGCUGAGCGACAGCGGCCUGCUGGAAAGGCUUUUCUCGACUGACAUCAGCUCCGUUUACAGGCUAGAUAGGCUGGAUGAAACCGACUUCAUGUACAUUAGGAGUCGGCCAAAACAUGAUCUUAAAGGCCUUACGAGCGCUCGUCAAAGCAUCAUGUCAGAGAGAAGUGGAGUCACACCCACCCACCAGUCGUCCCCUCGCCAAUCGCUCUCUCGCUCCUCUCCUCAUCUGUCCCUCUGUCACUCUCUCAACCCUCUGCCACGAGAGGGAGAGCGCCUAUCCUUCACCCUGGAUGACACAUUCAGAGAACUGGACGAGUUCCAGGAAGAUCCUCCUCUUUUCUUGGAAGAGAACAGCUGGGAUGGGGAGGAGUCAGAGAGCAGUGACCCUACACUGACUCUACUCAACCAGGAACACUUCCAGGAUGCUUUCUUGCCCCUGUAUGACCUGCAGUAUUCCUUCCUGUGGGUGACUUUCAGCGGCAAGACUGAGGACGAGCUGUCAGGUCACCUUGAGAGUGUCAGAGAGUGUGCCAAGAGAAUGGGAAUGCACUGGGCGCAUCGGCGGGCAUGCUUUCUCCUGGGGAGACUAUGUGCCAGGAAGCUAAAGUUCUCACAGGCACGUGUAUACUACGAGGAAGCUCUGAGCGUCAGUGUCGACAGCUUCUCUGAUGUUCAGCUCCUGGUUGCCCUCUUCACAAACCUCACUGCUAUUUACCUGAAGCAACGCAUGACUGACAAGCUGCCCCAGACUCUGGAGAAGGCCAGCGCCCUGCUCCUAUGCCUCCCCUGUCGUUCCUUCACAUCGACCGAUGAAGUCGAGCUGCUCAAGGUGCUCCUGAGGAGAUCGGUGGUGAUGGUGGACAAGCACCUGGAGGCUCGUAUCUGCUACCUCAUGUCCACCCUAUUCCUGCUACUCAAGAAGAGCGAUGACGCUCUUCCUUUUGUCGAGCGGCUCCAGUUUCUUUCGCUGACUCUGUCUGCCGCCGACGGGCAACCGAUAGCUCCUUUGGAUCUCAACUGGCUCCUCAGCUGGCUCUAUCACUGCAAAUACAUGCCUUACUUAGCACUUGCCUCGCUGAGCCUGGAUUCGAGACAGGACCACUCUCUCCACAAUGUCUUUCAGAGGAUUGAAUUAUUUAUCAGGAACUCUGUUCGUUUGAACCCCUGCUGGAAGGAAGGAACCUCACUGCUCCCUGCUCAGAUCGUAGUUUACCUGCAGCAGACUCUGGCAAUAGCCGAGCGCGGGGAUGACAUGAAGAUCCAAAGGGACCUGUGUUUGGGCUUGGCCUCAGUUUACCAGCAGUACGGCGCUCUUGAUAAAGCACUGCACUGUGCUCAACGAGCUGUGGAGAAAGGAGGCCACAUCAAUGAGGAGGAGGGAUUUGAGGCAUCUGUGUUGCUUGGGUGGUUGCUGGUGUUGACAGGCCAGGCUGAGAAGGCCCAGAGUGUUCUACAACCACUGCUCACAUCACUACAGGGAACAGACAGUCCCACUCAGCGAGGUGUGAUCCAUAACCUGCUGGCUUUGUGUCUGAGGCGUCAGGGUCGCAUCCCAGAGGCAGGAUGGCACCUCCACUCUGCCUUGGUAAUCUCCAGAGAAAAUGGAAACCAAAGGAAUCAGGCCCUGGCACUUGCCAACCUGGGGUGUCUGGCACUGGACGCGGGGGCGUCUUUGAUUGCAGAACGCUUCCUGGUCAGAUCCAUGUGCCUUUUUUGGGAUCUCUGGGAAAGCCCGACAGAUGAGGAGCACGUUCAAACCUACCUGUGGCUGGGGCGUAGCUACAAAGACAGGGGGCGGAGUCAGGACAUCAGGGCAUGCUAUGAAAUUGGGUUACUAAUUGCACUACAUGCCAAAAACCUGCACAGUCAGAUGGUGGUGGCCAAGGUGCUGAGCCGACUGUAUGCUGACAUGCUGCUUUAUGGUCAGAGCAUUGUCUACUAUGAGCACUGUGUGUCAGUGUCCAGAGAACUGAAGGAUAAGAGACUGGAGGGGGAGUAUCUGGAAAAGCUCAGUAGCCUCUACCUCACACUCAACGAUGAGAGGUCAUCUCGUAAAUCUCUCGACUACACCAAACAAAGCUUGAGAAUUUCUAUCGAUCUGGGAAAGAAAGAGGAAGAGUCUGAGACCUGGCUACAGGUCGGACGCAUUUAUUAUCUCGUUUAUGAGGAUGAGUUGGCUGACAUGUAUUUACAGGCAGCAGUAAAGACAGCCUUAAGGAUGAAUGACCCUCACUUUGCCAUGAGCAUCUAUGAGGAGGCAGGAGAUGUUUACUUUAAAGGUCACAGGAACCGGAUGGCUUCACUGCCGUUCUACAGGGAUGGGAGUCUGCCGUUUGCGAGGAGCAUCGAUGACAUCCACUCAGAGUUUCGAUUGUUAAGUAAACUCACAGACCUGCUGAUGAAUGAAAAGGAGCACGAGGAGGCUCUGCAGUACGCAACACUGGCUGUCCAGGUCGCCAGCAAAACAGGAGUGAGUGUGAAUGAGAGGAGUGCUUACCAUCGAUUAGCCACAAUUUACUACAGUCUGGAGCAGUAUGAGAUGGCAGAAAACUACUACCUGAAGUCGCUGUCACUGAGUCCGCCUGUCCUACAGCACCCCAUGGAGGCUCGCUACUACACCAAGGUCUACUGCAGGCUGGGAAACUUCACUCUACACAAACUCAAGGAUGCUUUUGAUGCAGUGGGCUACUUCCAGCUGGCUCUGGCAGCAGCACUUGAGGACCAAGCUAACCCUGAGGCUCUGUAUGUGGUGUACAUGAAGCUGGCCGAGAUCCAUGGCAACCACAUGCCCGAUGCUGAGCUGUGCCAAGUUUACAGAGACAGAGCCCAGAGUCUGAAGAGAGUUUUGGCUGGAUUGGAAGGCACUGCUGUUGGACAGGAAAACAAAGAUGAUGCAGAUAGAGAGGCCGUCCAAAAUAUGGAAAGGAACUUGGAUGCUGACGUGGGAUAUACAGAAAAUUUGGUUAAGUCGAGCUCCUCUUUUUAUUCUAUACCUGAAAGUGUGACGAAUGAAGAUGACUUGGCUCCAAGAACUCGUAGGAUGCACGUGAAAUCAGACAACAGAUGCACAGACGCUAAUCUUAGAUUAGGUGCUAAUGGGAAAACCCACCAUAACUAUCUUCCUGACUCAGUGGAUGUGUCUGGCUCUGAGACAGAUACCAUCGCCAGUCAGUCGUACACUGAGAGCAUUUUCACGGAGUCCUUCGAUACAGCCAAGGAGGACAUGUCAGACUCCAGCAGCUCUACUGACACUCUACAAACUCACCUGAAGCCACCUGAACAUAACAUUCCCACUCAAAUACCUGUUAAUCGCACAAGUGAUGUCACAGGAGACGCACAGUCCAAAGACGCUGAUUCUGAUACUCAGGAUGACGAAAACACCCUCACUAAUGAGACUCCAGCUCAAACAGAGCCUGGUACUGACCAGCGUGUUGUUAUAAACAACGAUGAAGCUCUAAGAGAGGGCAAAGAGAGAAAUGGUUGUGAGACUGGUGGCGCUCACAGUUAACAGGCUGACGGAGGCGCAUAGUAUUUCUCCCUUUACGGAUCUUGCCGGCUUUUGCUUCAUCAGGUCACAUGUGUCUUGGCAGGGAAAAAGCCACAGGGCACAAACCCAAUACUGUAAAUCUACGAGACAAUUCGCUGAUUUAGAGCAUGUGCAUUCUGUCUUAUGCAAUCACAGGGCGCUGUGCUUGCAAUAUAUGUUUUGUACAUUUUUGUAUCUCUGGAAGAUAUGACACAAACAUAAAAAAAAGUGUUAUUUUCUUUGCUGAGUGUUGAUUUUUAUGUGGUUGCCCAAUCAAAUAAGAGAGGAAUAUGCAGAGUAUGUGCAUGUUUCCAUAAGGAAGAACAGAUAUAAAACACGAAUAAUAAUUACUGCUCAUUUAUACUACCAGCCGUUACUGCUAUAAUGGUUGGUAGUAUUAAUGAUUCUUUGUGGUAGCAUUUCAUGGGCAGUGCCAACCAUUCCAGUAUAUGCAUACAUAUAUAUAGUUAGGUUUCCUAGAAACCAUUUCAAAACAAAGUUAAGUGUGAUAUGCUGUAAAUGUAGAGGAAGUUUUAAACAUAAGCAGAAGUAUGUCUGAGUUAUUUAAAUACAAGGCUAGAUAAAAAUCAUUUGCAUACAGGUGACACGUGCGUUAUUCAGCAGCUUACUUUCCUUAAUGGAAGGUACAAAACCAACCUGAUAUCAGAAAGAAAUCACAAUGUUCCAGGUGAGAUUUCAUGCCUGAAACCAGGCAAAAAGAGGACAGAAGAGUAAAUAGUGUGAGAAAGUGAUCCCGAAUGCUCUGCAGCUUCCCUGCAGUGUAUUCCAGUAUGUUUUGUCCCUGUGGCUUUGUUUCUUAUUUGUGUUUUGGUUGAUAGAAAGACCAGAGAUGAUGCUCCCUGUGUUGAAAUUGACCUUAUUCCUGUUGUGUUUAUUGUUAUAAUGGAAAUGCAAAAGAAGGAAUGAAAGAGAAAAUGGUGCAUUUGUUUACCAUAAUGUUGUCUUCAUUGGGUUUAUGUCACAGUGCUCAAGUAAGUUUCUGUUUUUUGACAACCAUGAAGUGCUCUUAGAUGGCAAAGAGCAUGCUCACAGCAGCUCACUUGAUCAGUUAAAAGUCUCGAGCAGGCCAGUUUGAUUCAGAUUUAGCAAUGAUGGCAGGAGGAAUGGAUCCAAGUGACCUCAGCGUUUCAGGAGGGAUCUUGGCCACAAAUGCUUUUCGACAGAGUAGUGUGUCUUUGAAAACUGUGGUCUUAAAAAACGUUUUAAUUUAAACCUGUGAGAGUAGUAGAUGGUUAAAGAACUGGUUCUAAUAUAGCGGUUUUCUGCUGGAGCACUCAAAGCACUUUAUGCAACAUGUCUAUCUAACAAUGACAUUCCUAUGAACGCAUCUAGAGCAACUUGAGGUUCAGUAUCUUGCCCAAUGAUACUUUGGCAUGUAGACUGGAGCAGCCAG